GGGGCUGCGUUGACGUUAAUGACAGCACGCUCAUCGGGCGUUUGACAGUGCCAAAGUGCCAAAAAUUCUUUCCAGCUAUUCGCAUUUUGUCGAACACCUCGCCGUCCUCUAGUUAUUCCAUUUUUCAACGAAUAAAGGACGUGUGCAAGCAAAAUGAAACCGUUGAUGCUGCAAGGACAUCAGCGUGCGAUCACGCAAAUCAAAUACAACCGCGAAGGUGAUUUGAUCUUUUCAUCGGCGAAGGAUAGCAAACCGUGCGUAUGGUACUCGCUGAACGGCGAACGUCUCGGUACGUUCAAUGGACACAUCGGAGCUGUCUGGUGUGUCGACGUGGAUUGGACGACGACCCGGCUCAUUACCGGCGCUGGUGACAUGAACACAUUCUUGUGGGACGUUGAAACCGGUACAGCCCUGGGCAAGAUCCCGUGCAAUUCGUCGGUGCGUACUUGCAACUUUAGCUUCUCGGGUAAUCAAGCCUCCUACUCCACGGAUCGUGCUAUGAACCAUCCUUGCGAGCUGUUCGUCAUUGACGUGCGAAACAUCGACGCCAGCAUCAGCAGUGCCGAUCCAGUAUUGAAGCUGACGAUGAACGAGCAGCAAAGCAAGAUCACCUCCAUGCUGUGGGGUGCGCUGGACGAGACAGUCAUCACCGGGCACGAAAAUGGCUCGCUGCGCAUCUGGGAUCUGCGUGCGGUGAAGGAACUGAACUCGGUAAACGAUCACACCGCCAGCAUCACGGACAUGCAGAUGUCGAGCGACGGUACUAUGUUCGUGUCGUCGUCGAAGGAUUGUUCGGCGAAGCUGUUCGAUUCGGAUUCGCUGAUGUGCUUGAAGACGUUCAAAACCGAGCGACCGGUCAACUCGGCGUGCAUCAGCCCCCUGUUCGAGCAUGUAGCGCUGGGUGGUGGACAGGACGCGAUGGAGGUCACAACGACGUCCACGCAGGCAGGCAAGUUCGAUUCCCGCUUCUUCCAUCUGGUGUACGAGGAGGAGUUUGCACGCGUCAAGGGACACUUCGGUCCAAUCAACAGCAUGGCAUUCCAUCCGGAUGGCAAAAGUUUCGCGACGGGCGGUGAGGACGGUUUUGUGCGUAUUCAAGUGUUUGAUUCUUCAUACUACGAGCAUACGUUUGAGUAGACGGUCGUCGUGGUGGGUCCAUCCCGGUUAGUCAGUGCGCAGUGCAUUAGGCAACACAGUGGCUGGGUGCUGAAGGAAGCGGAGUGUACGAAGAAAAAAAUCGAACUAAUAAUCAAGCGACAGAGCGUGUGACGGUGUGACGUGAUAGCGUAAUAAGUGGAAAAGGUGUAGUCUCCCAGCAGCAGCCGGCGAAAUUUACCAUCAGGCAUACUCCGACGAAGGCGACGGAACGAUGUGCGUCGAUGCUGAUCGUUCAGGUUACUUGGAAAGGAAUAAAAACGGGAGUGAAGAAGAAGGGGAGAGAAAA